GCGGGAUAGUGCUCUCAGUCUCUGUCAUUUGUGGUUUAGAGAAGGGGGUGGUGUUCUGCAUUUGAAAGGACUUUAAUGAAUGCUGUCAGUGUUUGUGAGAGCACAGGGUCUGUAUGGGAAGGGGAGCUGGGAAAGUGCUGGGGCUGCUUCAGGAUAGGUGGAUCAGAGUUUGCUCUGAUUGAGCGGAAUGUUCCACCGCGGUUCAUCUUUAUUCAUUAUCCUUUGUUCUUUAUAGUCUGAUAUAUUGGGAUGAAAGUAAAUGUAGAUAUAUAUUUGAACGACUUAUUUUCUUUUAAAGCUAUUUGUUCGGUACAGCAGGGAAUAUACUUCUCUUGUCUUGGUUGGAUGCACAAAUCUGUGCGCCGUUCUUUUUGCCCGUUGCCUAGACGAUCACUCGGUUUCUCUGAGGAUGUCUGGUUCUCGCAAAGAGUUUGAUGUGAAACAGAUUUUGAAAAUCAGGUGGAGGUGGUUUGGCCAUCAAGCGUCAUCUAAUUCUUCAGUUGACAGCCAGCAGGGAGAAUUUUGGAACCGAGGUCAGACUGGAGCAAACGGUGGGAGAAAGUUUUUAGAUCCGUGUAACCUACAAUUGCCUUUGGCUUCAAUUGGUUACCGAAGGUCCAGCCAACUGGAUUUUCAGAAUUCACCUUCUUGGCCAAUGGCAUCCACCUCUGAUGUCCCUGCAUUUGAGUUUACAGCAGAAGGCUGUGCUGGUGCACACUGGCUGGAGAGACCAGAAGUGGACGAUGGCACUAGUGAAGAGGAAAAUGAAUCUGAUUCCAGCUCGAGCAGGACUUCCAAUAGUAGUCAGACAUUGGCAUCCUGCCAGACUAUGGAGCCAUGUUCAUCAGAUGAAUUCUUUCAAGCCCUUAACCAUGCAGAGCAAACAUUUAAAAAAAUGGAAAACUACUUGAGGCACAAGCAACUGUGUGACGUCGUCUUAGUUGCUGGCGAUCGCAGGAUUCCAGCUCACAGACUGGUGCUGUCUUCCGUCUCAGAUUAUUUCGCUGCUAUGUUUACUAAUGAUGUCAGGGAGGCGAGGCAAGAAGAAAUAAAAAUGGAAGGUGUAGAGCCAAAUUCCUUGUGGUCCUUAAUUCAGUACGCAUACACAGGCCGCCUUGAACUGAAGGAAGACAACAUCGAGUGCCUGCUGUCCACAGCAUGCCUGCUCCAGCUCUCCCAGGUGGUGGAAGCGUGCUGCAAGUUCCUGAUGAAGCAGCUCCACCCAUCCAAUUGCCUGGGGAUUCGGUCCUUCGCGGAUGCCCAAGGCUGCACAGAUCUCCAUAAAGUGGCUCACAAUUACACUAUGGAACAUUUCAUGGAGGUAAUCAGGAACCAGGAAUUUGUGUUGCUCCCAGCCAAUGAGAUCGCCAAGCUCUUGGCCAGUGAUGACAUGAACAUUCCUAACGAGGAGACCAUACUGAAUGCACUUCUCACCUGGGUCCGGCACGACUUGGAGCAGAGGCGGAAGGAUCUCAGUAAACUUUUGGCUUACAUCAGGCUACCUCUCCUUGCGCCGCAGUUCCUGGCAGACAUGGAAAACAAUGCACUUUUUCGGGACGACAUAGAAUGUCAGAAACUCCUCAUGGAAGCAAUGAAGUACCAUUUAUUACCCGAGAGACGACCCAUGUUGCAGAGUCCUCGGACAAAACCUCGGAAGUCAACUGUUGGAACGUUAUUUGCAGUUGGAGGAAUGGAUUCAACAAAGGGAGCAACAAGCAUUGAGAAGUAUGACCUCCGUACAAACAUGUGGACUCCUGUGGCAAACAUGAACGGGAGGAGGCUGCAGUUUGGUGUCGCAGUGUUAGAUGACAAGCUGUACGUGGUCGGAGGGCGAGACGGACUGAAGACUCUGAACACUGUAGAGUGCUACAACCCCAAAACAAAAACCUGGAGCGUGAUGCCGCCAAUGUCCACGCACAGGCAUGGGCUUGGUGUGGCUGUCCUGGAAGGCCCCAUGUACGCGGUUGGAGGGCACGACGGCUGGAGCUAUCUGAAUACUGUGGAGCGAUGGGACCCUCAGGCCCGCCAGUGGAACUUUGUUGCCACUAUGUCCACCCCCAGGAGCACAGUAGGCGUGGCAGUACUCAGUGGAAAACUCUAUGCAGUUGGUGGUCGUGAUGGGAGUUCCUGCCUCAAGUCAGUAGAGUGCUUUGACCCUCAUACCAAUAAAUGGACACUGUGUGCCCAGAUGUCAAAAAGGAGAGGCGGAGUGGGAGUCACAACCUGGAACGGGCUGCUAUAUGCCAUUGGAGGACACGAUGCUCCCACGUCCAACUUGACUUCCAGGCUCUCGGACUGUGUGGAGAGAUAUGAUCCCAAAACAGACAUGUGGACUGCAGUGGCAUCCAUGAGCAUUAGCAGAGAUGCGGUGGGCGUGUGCUUACUUGGUGACAAGCUGUAUGCUGUCGGAGGUUAUGAUGGACAGACCUACCUGAACAUAGUGGAAGCUUAUGACCCCCAGACCAACGAAUGGACCCAGGUCGCUCCACUGUGCCUAGGAAGAGCGGGAGCCUGUGUUGUGACUGUGAAGAUAUGACAUCGUUCUUUGUCCCCUAUAGAGAGGUGCUCUCUCCCUCUAUAACACAGACAUUCCUCCCAUGGAUUCAUUCUUAGUGAACGUGCAGUGCCACAUUCCUAGGCACAAAGUGCCUCAUUUCAAAGUGAAGAUAUUGAAACAGUGGGGAAGGAGUGGACAUACCAGGAUGGGAUACUUCAUUUCUCAGUACAUUAAGGCCACAGCUGGAGGACUGGGAACAUACCUUCUUGGUAUACAAUAUGAAGACAAUCCAGCACUAACUGGAUUCACACUGUCCAGAGUUAUUCCAGUACAAGCAUACAAACUUCUAAAAUGUUAUUUUAUAAGUUUGUCAUACAUGAGCUUCCAUACUUUUAUCGUUUAAUCAAACUGCUAUUUUAAUGACGUACUAAAGACUAUACUAGCUAGCUUUUUCAGGUACAAUGAUAUUAUGUUUGCUAUAGUUGUGAAUUUUAUUACUAAAAUUGGUUUAACCCAAGAAUAAAGAAAAACACAUAAGGCAUUAAAAAUAAGACUGACCAAAUAAAAACUUGAUUGGAUCUCUGGGUCCUACUUAAAUAGCCAUUCCAUUCCAUCUAGAUCCAUCAACUGUGAUAGGAUAUCACUGAGAUUAAAGCAGAAUGCUUACAUUAAAAUAUGCAAGUUUGUGUAGAGAAAAUAAAUGCUAUAUGCUCUUUGAUGUUCUCCCACCUAACUAGUAUUUAAUUAUGUGGAUUUAUUUUCUUUUAUGUUACAAAAGUUUAUUUGAUUUUGUCCUUUUGAUACUGACACGAUUGUUUGUCUGUUCCUGUGUUCUGUCUGCUGCCUUGUUCCAGACAUGUGGACACAGUUAGGAACCAUUGUGCUUCUUUGUAAUCAAGAAACUGGAGUGGGGGGUGGGCAUUGUAACUGAAUAUUUGGAAAAUAAGUUUAAAGCAUUUGUUACUCAAAAUUUUGUACAUUUGUAAAUUCUAAUUACAUACAUGAGUGUUAAUAGUGUCUGAAUUGUUUAUUGUUUGUAAAAUGCCCUGAGCAGCAAUAUUGUAUGAAAUUCUUCUAAGGGACAAGUCAUUACCUUAAUAUAAAAAUGAAUAUGAACUAAAGUCCCGUCUUACAAAGUA